GCUGUCCUCUACUUCCGGCGUCACAUUCUAUAACCUGCUCCAGAGAUGUGUCCGGAGGAACAUGGCGGUACCGUGGAGGCACUGUUGGAGGAGAAGUAAAGGCGCUACUUGUACACGUUUACUAGAAACCGUAUGGUGUUUUAAUGGAAGUUCUGCUAUGUUUGCUGCCUCGUUGCUCCGAAGAACGGGAACUGUCGCUGGCUGGAGAAAUGAGGGGCUGUCCUCAAGGACUGUACACACAACCUCACUAGGCAACUCUAUUCUGACAAGGCUCAAAUCAAGGUUGCUUUACCCCACACCAAAGCCUUGUUGUUGCGAAAGGAUACACAGCGACGCCAAGUUAAAGGACCCCUUCACUCUAGCCCAAAAAGAUUUGAGUAAUUUGUACGACGAUAUCAAAAAGGAGCUUUUUGUGUCCAAGUCAGAGCUCAAGUCCCUGUGUGACUACUACUUUGACGGGAAAGGCAAGGCCUUCCGACCCACGAUAGUGGUGCUGAUGGCCCGGGCCUGCAAUAGUCACAGCAACCGAGACGGAGAUCUGCUCCCAGGUCAGCGGUCCAUAGCUAUGAUCUCUGAGAUGAUCCACACUGCCAGCCUGGUCCACGAUGAUGUCAUCGACGGCUCGGACAAGCGGAGAGGGAAGACCACUAUCAACGAAGUGUGGGGAGAGAGAAAGGCCAUUUUAGCUGGAGACUUCAUCCUCUCGGCAGCCUCCAUGGCUCUGGCCCGUAUCGGCAACAACACGGUGGUGUCAGUGCUGUCUCAGGUCAUGGAGGAUCUGGUGAGAGGUGAAUUCAUGCAGCUGGGCUCCAAGCAAAAUGAGAGUGAGAGAUUUAAACACUACCUGGAGAAGACCUUUAAGAAGACUGCCAGUCUCAUCGCCAACAGUUGUAAAGCUGUAUCCAUUCUAGUGAACUCUGAUCCAGAGGUUCAUGAAAUAGCCUUUCAGUACGGGAGGAAUAUAGGUAUCGCCUUUCAGCUGAUGGACGAUGUGCUGGACUUCACAGCUUGUGCCAGCCAGCUAGGAAAGCCUUCAGCUACAGACCUCAAGCUGGGCCUGGCCACUGGACCAGUGCUGUUUGCCUGCCAACAGUUCCCUGAGCUGCAUGGUAUGAUCAUGAGGCGGUUCAGCUCCAGUGGAGAUGUCGCUCGUGCCUGGCAGUAUGUCCAGGAGAGUAACGGUGUGGAUCAGACCAACUACCUGGCCCAGCACUACUGUCAGGAGGCCGUCCGGCAGAUCAGCCUGCUCAGGCCCUCUCCGGAGCGGGAUGCCCUCAUCAGGCUCACCCAGACGGUCCUCACCCGUGACAGGUGAGCGCCCACCCCCCAGGCGUCACUUCAGGCAGCUACUUGUACCUGUGGAAUGCCCCGUAUGGAGGGGGAAGAUGGUGAUGGGUGGUUUAAUGUUUCAUCAGUGAUAUUCCCAGGGGGGUCCUGAUGGAGCACUGUUUAUGCAGGUUUUUGUAUGUAACUAAGAUGAAGGUGGAACUAAACUGUGCAUACGCAGGUUCUUCGGGACUGACUUCUGAGAUGCACUGCUUCACAUUACCUAUGGCUUCUUUAUCCCCUCUGGGAAACACUUAGGGUCUCACAGAACAAAUAAUAUGUUAUUGACACCAGUGGUUUUUCAAUGCCAGUCCUGCAGGACCCCUGCCUCAACAGUUUUCUGAAACAAACCCCACAUUUUCUUCAAUUGGACUUCAACAAAGCCGUCAAAUGGCAUGUCAGUGAGGAUUGGACACAGACCUGUAUGCACAGAGACCCUACAGGAUUAUUGUAAAAAAAAAAACUAAAAAAAUCACUGUUUUACCCUAUUUUCCCUGUACUGUACAUGCAGAUGGAGUAUCAUUGUGAUAUAGGUGUGUGUUAAGACAUUGCUCGAAGAUCCGUCCGCACCGCACAAAUGCCAAACUUUUGUCAUGGUGACUCACACCAAUUUGGAGAACGUUGUUUAUAUUGUAGGUGCUUCCUGUAUCAAGUGCUUCAUAACAGCCAAGGCCUUAACAUCCACAAUGACUCAAAUUAAAACAUUACUUUUUUUUUUUAAGUCAAGCUUUCUACCCAUUGUUUUCAAUCCCAAUCACCACACCACGAGGUCGUACAUAGGAGAAUGGUUUUAUUAUAAAAGACUGUGUGUACAUUUUUCAAUUAAUAUAUAGACACAUUAAGGGCAGAGCUCUGAUGUCUACCCAUUGACCUGGAAUAGCUGCUGUAUGCUGUAAUGGUAAAACGGUGACAAACGCAGUUAAAUUCCCAUGCGAGUCUGGACAGGAAAGACAAUCAUGUAGGAACUGUUGAGAAAGGCUGCCGUGUUCCAUCGUAACCUUAAACCAGUGAAAACGCCAACAUUGAAUUGUCAUGAAUCGAUCGAUAGUCAUCCCUAAGGGAUAAAUAGCCUACAGCUAUAUAAGUGAGUCUAGACAAAGUGGGUGGGGCCCAUUUGGAACAAUAAAAGGGAAAAAACAACUUGGUGUCGAUGAUAUCCAGACCUGAGUUAUAAAACCAAACCAUUGCGGGUUUAAAAAAAACUAUGACGAUUCUAAAACGAUGUGAUCUGGGUUUUACAUUUGAUCGUUGUUGCUCCAUCUAUGUGAAGACUGAGGCGGUAAAUGAGAUGUCAUAUUGGUCUCCAUUAUUACGGAAUAGUCAAAUGGGCAGUUUUUGUUAUGAACAUCAUGACAAAACAACAGUUUGAAAACUAAGCCCACUAACACGGCAUGAAGAACAAUCUAUCAUAAUCCAUUACUGUUUACAUUUAUAUACUUCUAUCAAAACUACAGAAAUCAUUUUUUUCAGAUAAGACAUGAACUAUGACGUUUCUUAAAAUGGAUAUGGAACUCUAAUAGUGUCUGUCAAACUGGGAGUCACAAAAUAAUGGUUUUGCUUUUCACCGCAUUACCAUAUGGAAGAAUUCAUUGAAUUGAAUACGCUUAUUGAAUACGCUUAAAUACAAAUUAGAGCAUUUUGAAAAUAAGACCAAUAAAUGACAAUUUAAUCAAUUCAAAACAAUAAAAUAGCCUAAAUUGAAUGUAAAUAUUACAACAAAAUGGAAGCAUAAUUAAACGUAGAGGUUAUACAUUUUUUAUUAGAUUUUGCAUGCUUUACGCACAGACUUAAUUUCAGGAAUGACUGAAAUAAAAACAGAAAUAAAAGGUUUUGUUAUUCAUAAAAAGCUCAAGUUUGCAUUUAACAUCCAAAAUCGAUCAGGCUUGUGAUUUAUGAUAACCUUGAUUUGUAGAAAAUCAAACAAGUAUUUUUCGUCAAUCAUUUUGAGAAAAAAAAAAGUGGAUGAAUCAAAUUUAUUAUUUAUCUAAAUAUUGAAACAGUUUGGGCUACAGAGAGAGGCAGAAUAACGCAGUUUGAAGCUAUAUGGCAAAGUUUUGCAACCACGAGAUGAGAAAUUAGAACGUGUGUGAGACGACGGGCAGGAUGGGGUUACGGUGGGAACGUGUGGGUCUGAGCAAGGGUGAGGUCAUUAAUGUUCGUUAAAAUGUAUGUAUGUAAAUGUUGAGUUGUCUAUAUAUAUGUUUUUGUAUUGUCAAAAAAGUAAAAUAAAAAAGAUAUUAUGAAGAAAAUCAAACAA